GGAAGGCGGGAGUGAGGGAUGACGUCAUCGCAGCUAGGGUGGACGAAGAGGAGGAAGUCAGAGAAGGCGGAGGCUCGUCCAAAAGAAGAAGGAGAGCGACUUCAGUGAAUGAAGCCGGGCUCCGACCGGGAGACGAGAGCAGCGUUUGAGACAACAACAACAACAACAAAGUCUCUCUUAUUUGAACACUUUGUUUGUGAGCCUAACGUGGGGAAGGACACUAACGGCAGUUGCUCUUCUGCUUCAGUUUGGCAGAGAUAAGGGAAGGACUGCAAACCUGUGGAGAGUGGAAGCCGCUGAAGAGGUUAGUGUGGAUGUUUUUGCAGCAGCAGCUUUAUCAGAAAAGAACAGGACAGCAUGCCUUCAAUGAAAAGAAGAGCAAAGAACAGCGCUGAAUACUUUUCUUGAUGGAAAGAAUGUUUGUUGAAACGGGUGUGAGCAUGGAGGAGGGAAGCUGCUUCGGUUCAUUAUAGGGAGCACCAGAAGUGGAACUCUGCUCGGAGAAUUAAAGAAAUACAGGCAAAGCGGGGAAAAUAUUUUCUGAUCUGAUACACUUUGGGAAUCGAAACAACUUCCCGAGUGGGCUUAUUUCCACAAAAGGAACAACCCAACAACUGUAAAGUAGUUGAAAAAGUUUGAGUCCAAGAGUGCAACCAUGUGCCAUGUGAUCGUAACUUGCCGCUCCAUGCUCUGGACGCUGCUCAGUAUCCUCGUGGCCUUCGACGAGCUCAUCGCCUUCAUGAGCCCCGACUGGCUGCUGGGAUUCCCUCGCAACGAUUCCAGCGUGAGCCGGGACGGGGUGGACUCCAGGGAGUACCGGCCCUCUCUGGGCCUCUACAGCCGCUGCCUCCGCCUCGGCAGCCGGGGAGGAGGCGUGAGCUGCGGGCCUUACGCCGGGACCUUCGCCGAGGUGACCAGCGGCUUCUGGCAGGCGGCCAUGUUGUUUUUGGCUGCGGGGAUAUUGGUGCUCGCAGUGGUGGCCUGCGUCUCGAUCUUCAGCAUGUGCUUCCAGAGCAUCCUGAGGAAAAGUAUCUUCAACAUUUGCGGUCUGAUGCAGGCCAUUGCAGGCCUCCUGCUCUUGGUGGGCCUCAUCCUCUACCCUGCCGGUUGGGGUUCCGAGAAGGUGAUCGGCUACUGCGGGGCGGAGGCCUCCCCCUUCAGGCCGGCCCUGUGUUCCCUCGGCUGGGCGUUCUACGCGGCCAUCGGGGGAACCCUGGCGACCUUCCUGUGCGCCGUUUUGUCCGCGCAGGCCGAGAUCGCCACUUCCAGCGACAAGGUGCAGGAGGAGAUAGACGAGGGCAAGAGUCUCAUCUGCGUGCUGUGAUGUCAGACACUCAUCCUGAAUGGAAGGUGCAUGGACUUUUGUUGAGCUAAAAAGCCGGAGGUUUUGUAAUUUUUGUACAGCUGUUUUGCAACCUUACUAAGGCCUGGUUAAUUCUAGAAAAAGAUUUUGCGCAUUUGCUGGCAAAGUGCAGACCACUGAAUCAGACUAGGUACACCUGCGCAAUCUAAUAGUACAAGAGCUCUUUCAAAAUAACAUUUAAACAAAGAACUAGAAUAGUUAUGAUGGUAGAUACCCUAAAUGUAUUCCAUAAUUUCCUGUAUCAUCACUGUCCAUUGAAAGGCUCCAAUUAGUUUGUUCCCCCCAUAAAACAAUUUAAAAAAAACAAACAAAAAACAACACAUCUUGUCGCAGAUUAAAGGAAAACUAUGAAUAUCAGCACACCCAAUGUGAACACAAAGCUAAACUGUGAAGUGUGUAUGCGACUGAUGUUAAGUUUUGAGUUACACUGUAAAAGUGGGAUUAAUUGAACAAUAUUAUUCUUGUUGCGUUUACAGUGGAACAUAAUAAAAAAAGCUAGUUUAUAAAGGGCUCUUGUAUUGAAUUUUAAUUGGAUUACAGUACACUAUGCAAGUGUACCUAUUGUGGCCAGUGAGUGAACAGAUUGAGCAAUAAAUCCAGAUAUCACCUGCAAUGUUAAACAUACCACUGAACACCACACCAUAUGCUUACAGUAGAAUAUAUUACAUCAUUGUAGAAGUCUCUUUCAAACUAAUAAUGAGAAGUCCCAUUAAUGUGGUCCUCUUUUGUUAGAUGUUUUUACAGAUAGUUCUAUUGCAGAAGUCAAUUUCCUUGAUGUUUGCUCAUAGUGUUAUAGUUCAUGCUGUACCCUAGAUUGUCAUGAUAAGAGCAAUAUUUGCCCACUGCUGUGAUGUAAUGCUACUGUGAUUGCUCUUAUUCGUCGCAGAAGGCAAGGUGUGUGCAAUGAUUUUCUGUGAAAGGGAGCAGAUGAAUGGGAAACCGUAACACAAUGAGUCAAUGUGAUGUGAUGUUUUUUUGUUUUGUUACAUUAACAAGAUUAGUAUUGUUUUAUUGUGAAUAAAUGAAUUGCUGACGUUAGUGUGGAGACAUACAGUGUGAAUAAAAGUGCUCUUUAA